CCUGAACCACGGUGAAGAGAAAAGGAGAAAAGAUAAAAGGUGCAAAGCUAAAAGGAGCAGACUUUUAAGUUGGCACUACUCCGAGUACUCCGACGCGUUUUUCGACUCCGUUUGCGCCCUGCGGCAAAUUUCGUGAUGUGGCUAUUAUGACCGAUUGUUGCGAUUUGCGACGAGGUUAUGUUGUCCUUUAACGAUAAGAAAUAAGAGAUAAGCUCACCGGCUAUCACCAGCUGCGGAAUGCACGAGAAUCGUAGUUUACCUGAAGUGGUACCACGUACACCUAAGUGUCGAAGGUCUCUGAGAGAAAAAGAUACAAAGGAAAGCUAUUCCACGAACAAUAAUUUUCAAAGUUUACACAUGGAGGGGCAAGGACGUAGACGACGAAAUAGAUCAAACCUAUCAGAGACUGAAGUAUCACCUGGAGGUCAGAGCGCUAGUUAUGACAAACAAAUGACAGAAAGUUCUAGCGAGGAAGAUGAAGAGGCACUUCUAUAUUAUUCGCUAGAUCGCUCUAGAACUAUUUCUCCAGAAAGAAAUGUUUAUUCGGAAAAGCCGGACAGAAAUGUUUAUUCGGAGAAACCGGAAAGAAAUGUUUAUUCGGAGAAAGAAACAUUUAUUCAGGAAAGAUAUAUUUAUUCGGACAAGUCGAGGUCUAAAGACAACACUGAUUCAUCAAAGAGUAAACAGAAUACGAGCACCUUUUCUUAUUUCCUCAUUUUUAUAAUAGUAAUGGCGAUGGGUUUUUUGGCAUUAUCUCCACGUAAGAAUGAAGUAAAAACACAAUCCAGAAGCAAUCCUACCUUACUGUUAACCGAAUCAAUUGAAAACAUCAAGGCAACAUUUCGUAAUCAAGAAUCAGACAUCUGGAAUGAUAUUUCAUCCGCAAUAAACGAAGUGAUAUCGAGAACACCCAAGAUACCUUCGAUCAUUCUGUUAUUUGCAAAGGAAAAUGCCACAAUGGAUUGUUUAGCUACUAAACUGGCACGUGCGAGCAGUACUAUUUUAGAUGCAGACAGUUAUCUGGUAUUUAAUCCAGAAGAUUUCGGAAACGAUGCUGGUGAGAUCAUUACUAUAUUAAACAACCAUUCUCCGGAGAAAAAAAAGGUUGUGAUGAUUCGUGAUAUACUGAAUAUUAAUGCAGAAGCGAUAAAGGCAUUACAUAAUUUAUGCGAUAGAAUAAACCCUUUAGUAGCAGAAGCUAUUUAUAUUCUUACUAUGCAAACCAACAAUUAUCAAUCAUCACAGAAAAAGCUAAGCUUUGUGGAAAAUCAGAUUUAUCAUAAACUGUCAAAGAGCAUCGAUCAGGAUGUUUUAACAGCACUUGUAACGCGCAUUACAGACGGGGCAAUUAUAUUGGUAGAACCUGAGCCACGAUUAAGAUACUGUUAAUCUAAGUUGCAAGAAAAUGAGCGUACACAAUUAUAAUAGCCCAUUGAUGAUGGUUAUGUAAAUAACAAAACUGUUCAAUUAAGAUUAACGUCUUAUGUGCGGUUCGUCAUUCGUACAAAACUUGUAAAUAAUCUAGAUAGACAAGUUUGCACUCGUUUAUCAUUCAAACAUUCCGUUGAUUCUCCAGGUUUUUUUAACGAGAGCAAAAGCCGCGAAACGUCAUGAAUAAAAUCAAUUUGUGUCGGUUCCAGAUAUCCGAUUCUUGAUGGUAAAAUUUUGCCCUAAUACUUUCGAUAAAUUAAAAUAGUACUAAAGUACAAAUGUGUAUGGGUUGUAUCUUUAUUCGCACUUAAAAAGAAUUAGUAUUACCAUUACGUAAAGAAAAUAAAAAAGCUGUUAGCAUUCUAUAUUUAAAUUCAGUUGAUUGAGUUCUUUGUAAAAUUCAAUUUCUUCUUAAAACAAACUUGUUUCUUUGAGACACAGUUUUGAGAAUGAAUAAUUUAUUUCUUUAUUUUGUCUAUUAGGAUUUUCUGUUAUCUAUGUGUCGUAAUAGAACUAGACUGCACAAACAACAAAUCACAAAUCGCGAACAUUGUGGAAAGUUCAUACGAACGACGAAUUUUUGCGAAUUUAUUACAAAUUACGAAUCGCACAUAAUCUGAUGAUAGUUUAGUGGCAAUAUAGUAUAAAAUAUAAAAAAAUUUGGGAGAUGUACUUAAUUAGAUAAAGAUGCAACAUUUUGGAGACUUUUAAAUUGUUGCUGCAGUUGUAUCAGAUCAAAACUGUCAGAACUGAAAAAUUAGAAUAUAUUUGAUUAGAAAUAUUUUCCACGAUCUGUUUUGCAUUAUACAUUUUAAAGCUUUUUCA